AUGGUUGGAGAAGGGGCAAUUUCCUUGUUUCUUAAUCUGGCAAGAUCCCAAGAUGAAGUUGUUCAGAUAAAUUCAAUCGAGUUUAUUCAAAAUAUAAGUUAUGAGGAUGAGUCAAUUAGGAAAAUGGUGAUUAGAGAAGGUGGAAUUCGUUCACUAAUGCAAGUUUUGGAUCCCAAGUCAUCUUUCUCUUCAAAAACAAGGGAAACAGCACUGAGAGCCAUUGAGAAAUUGUGUUUUUAUUCAUUGGAUUAUGUAAACAUGAGGAAUUACGGGUUUAUGGGAGUACUGCGGUACUUUUUACGGAAGGGCGAUGUUUCAAUUCAAGAAUUGGCAUUAAAGGUGGCAUUUACGCUAUGUGGCACUUCGGACGAGACCAAAAAGGCAAUGGAUGAUGCCGGUUUCAUGGCUGAGUUCGUUAGAUUACUUGAUGCAAAAUCAUUUGAAGUACGCGAAAUGGCAAUUCAAGCACUCUCUGGCAUGCUUUCAGUCCUGAAAAAUCGAAAAAGAUUUGUUCAAGAUGAUCGAAAUAUCGGGCUCCUCCUGCAAUUGCUUGACCAGGAAGAUGAAAAUUCAGAUAACAGAAAGUUCUUGCUAUCUAUAUUAAUGUCAUUGACAAGGUGCAAUAGUGCAAGAAGAAAAAUUGCAACUUCUGGGUAUCUUAAAAGCAUAGAAAAACUAGCAGAAGCAGAGGUUUUGGAUGCUAAACGACUUGUGAGGAAAUUGUCUACUAAUAGAUUCCGUAGUAUGUCAAGUGGAAUCUAG